AUGUCUACCACUGCCCAAGCACCACUAAUAGUGCAAGGAAUCGCCCCAUUUGAAGUAGAAGUUGUUGCACCCAUACAACCGUUCAUUGUCUAUAGGGCAUCCUCCCCAAUACAAUGUGAUACACAUAUUGUACCUUUGGAUUACAACAAAAGAGAAAUGAAUGUGGAAGAGACAGAUGUUGCAACAGGGGUCACCAGAUCUGGAAGAAUUUACACUUCUGAAAAUUUAGUUCAGGGAAGCUCUAGAAAAUCCAAAGCAACAGUCGUAGAGCUUGAAGAUCAAGGUAUUUGGAAAAAGGUUCAAGCUAAAGAAUACUCUGUCCUUGAGCAGCUGAGUAAAACCUCAUCCCAAAUAUCAAUUCUGAAGUUACUGCAGUCUUCCGAAACUCAUCGAAAUGCCCUUCUGAAGAUCUUUGGUGAAGCUUAUGUCCCAUCUAACAUCACUCAUGGAGAGGUAUCCCAAAUGGUGGGGCAGGUCUUUGAGGCUUACAAAAUAUCUUUUCACAAAGAUGAGCUGCCACUCGAAGGAACAACUCACAAUAAAGCUCUGUACAUUUUAGUUCAGUAUUUGGAUAAGGUGAUAAACAAAGCAUUAGUUAAUGCAGGUUUAGGUUUAAACAUUUGCCCUCUGAGCACACUGACGAGGUUGGGCAUGGAUAGUGCAAAAAUUCAGACAUGGAAGAUGAAUGUGAGGGCAUUUGAUGGCUCUCAGAGAGGCACUAUUGGGGAGAUAACCUUGGACAUGCUCAUUGGUCCUGUCACUUUCCACAUAGCUUUCCAAAUUUUGGACAUCCCUUCAUCGUACAACUUAUUAUUGGGUCGUCCAUGGAUUCAUAUGGCUGGAGCGGUUCCAUCUACUCUCCACCAAUGCCUAAACUUUGAAUUGGAUUAUGAAGAGGUUGUAGUCCAUGGAGAAAAGGGGCAUCCUGUAUACACGAUUGAAGGAAGAGAGAAUAUGGAUGGUGAAAUGUACCAUACGGUGGAGCUUGUUGGUUUCGAGCUUGGGAAAGGUUUGGGGGCUGAAUUGCAAGGGAUAGUCAAACCUAUACAACCUGUUCGACAUUCCACCACUUUUGGUUUGGGAUAUAAGUACGCUUCCGAAGAAUGGGUCGAUUGGCAACCACCUAGAGAUGGGUACUACUAUCCAUUGAAGAAACCCAUACCGCCAUUGCAUCAAUCAUUUCGAUCAGCAGGUUUCAUGGGAGGCAGUAUUGAUGAGAUAUCAGACGACUUGAAGGGGUUAUCGCUAACCAAAGAAAAGGGGAAAGUUUGCAACGUCGUGAUCAACGAGGAGGAGAAAGGGGGACCUAGUGGAAGCAAGGAAGCAAAGAUCAGCGUCAGCAACUGGACCUCGACUCCAUCCAGACCUCGUCGAGCAUCUAGCAAAAUUCACUAUAAAAAUGUCGAAUUUGAGACUAUGGCAUACAAUGAGACUGCUCAACUUAAUAUUAAUGACUUAGAAGAAGUCGAAGACAAUGAGGUUCCCGAGGAGUUAAUCAAAAGGGUUGAGGAAUUCGAGGAAAAACCCAAUCCAAACUUGGUAGAGACAGAAGUGGUGAAUUUGGGAAAUGCAGAGGUGACACAUGAAACCCGAGUAAGCAUCCAUAUGACAAAAGAAGACAACAGAGAUUAUACCGAGUUUCUCAUAGAGAAUAAGGAUAUUUUCGCGUGGUCCUACGCAGACAUGACAGGUCUACGUACUUCAAUCGUAGACCCUCGACUGCCCACUGAUCCAGCAUGUCCUCCGGUAAAACAGAAGUUGAGAAAAUACAAGCCCGAGAUGAGUCUGAAAAUCAAAGAAGAAGUAUCAAAGCAAUUAGAUGUUGGGAUACUCCAAGUGACAGAAUACCCAACUUGGCUUGCAAAUGUCGUUCCAGUGCCUAAGAAAGACGGCAAGGUCAGAGUUUGCGUGGAUUACCGAGAUCUCAAUAAAGAUAGCCCUAACGACAACUUUCCCUUACCAAACAUACACAUACUGAUUGACAAUUGUGCUAAGCACGAAACUCAGUCAUUCGUGGACUGCUUUGCCAGCUAUCAUCAAAUUGAGAUGCACAAAGAUGACGCUGAGAAAACUUCCUUCAUCACGCCGUGGGGCGUCUAUAACUACAAGGUGAUGCUUUUUGGAUUAAAGAAUGCUGGGGCUAUGUACAUGAGAGCAAUGACUACUUUGUUUCAUGACAUGAUCUAUAAGGAAAUUGAAGUUUAUGUGGAUGAUGUCAUCAUCAAAUCAAAGGAAAGUUCAAAUCAUCUGGAGGACUUAUGGAAAUUCAUUGCCAGGCUACGCAUGUACAAUCUGAAAAUGAAUCCGGCAAAAUGUGUCUUUGGUGUGCCUGCUGGUAACCUAUUAGGUUUCAUUGUCUGUCGUCGAGGUAUAGAAUUGGACCCAUCGAAGAUCAAAGCCAUUCGUGACCUUCCCCCGCCAAAGAGCAAGAAGAAGGGUGCUGCGGUGAAAUGGACAAGCAAAUGUCAACAUGCAUUUGACAAGAUCAAAGACUAUUUAUCCAAUCCUCCUGUGUUGGUUCCACCAGAGUCAGGUAGACCAUUACUUUUGUAUAUUUCAGUAUUGGAUAAUGCUUUCAGUUGCAUCUUAGGACAACACGAUGAAACAGGGAGGAAGGAGCAAGCAAUAUAUUAUAUGAGCAAGAAGUUCACAUCGUGCGAAGCCCGAUACUCUCUAUUAGAGCGUACCUGUUGUGCUCUAACAUGGGUUGCCCAAAAGUUACGACAUUACCUCUUAUUGCAUACUACUUAUAUGAUUUCAAGGAUGGAUCCUUUGAAGUAUAUCUUUCAAAAGCCCAUGCCCACAGGUAAACUGGCAAAAUGGAAGAUAUUGUUGAUCGAAUUUGACAUAGUGUAUGUCACACAAAAAGCAGUGAAAGCACAGGCAUUAGCAGACCACAUGGCAGAGAAUCCCGUGGACGAUGAUUACAGGCCGUUGAAGACCUACUUCCCAGAUGAAGAGGUGGCCUUUGUGGGAGAGGACAUUUCUGAAGAAUAUGAUGGAUGGAGAAUGUUCUUUGAUGGAGCUAAAAAUCUGAACGGAUCCGGCGUAGGGGCUGUUUUGAUCUCACCCACUGGGCAACAUUAUCAAGUAUCAGCAAAACUCAGAUUCCUUUGCUCAAAUAAUAUGGCCGAAUACGAAGCCUGCAUACUAGGUGUUCGACGGGCGAUUGACUUGGAUGUCCAAGAAAUGCUAAUAAUAGGGGAUUCAGACCUAUUGAUCCAUUAG